AAAGUCUGUGGCCAAGGAAUCGGACGCCAUCCAGCUGGUGAAAGAUUUCACUGCACUAUGCAGCAAAGGUGGGUUCCAACUCACUCAGUGGGUCAGCAAUAGCAGGGCAGUUUUAGCAUCAAUCCCCAAAGAACACAGAGCAAAGGAAAUCAAAACACUGGAUCUCGACAAAGACAGUUUGCCCAUUGAAAGAGCACUGGGACUGCAGUGGUGCGUGGAUUCUGACCAUUUCCAAUUCAACAUCAACCUGAGCCAAAAGCCACACACCCGCAGAGGCAUACUCUCUGUUGUUAGUUCCAUCUUUGAUCCACUAGGCUUUCUUGCUCCUCUCAUUCUCCCAGCUAAGCAGUUGCUACAAGAGCUCUGCCAGCGAGGCUUCGGAUGGGAUGAGCCUCUGCCCCAGCCAGUGUCUGAAAAGUGGAUGGAAUGGACCAACAGCCUGGAUAGGAUCAAAGGCUUCAGUGUGCCACGCUGUUUGAAACCAAAGGGCUAUGGAAUGACAAGCCAUGCCGAGCUUCACCACUUCGCCGACGCCAGUGAGAGUGGCUAUGGCUCAGUCAGCUACAUCAGACAGUUGAACCAGCAGGAUGUCAUUCACGUCACUUUGGUCCUUGGAAAGUCCAGAGUUCUUCCCCUUAAGAACAUCACUGUGCCACGACUGGAGCUGGCAGCUGCAGCUUUGCUGGUGAAGGUAGAUAGAAUGCUGAGAGGAGAGUUACAGCUUGACCUAAAGCCUUCAUGUUUCUGGACUGAUAGCCAAACAGUGCUCAAGUACAUUGCAAAUGGCCGAGCAAGGUAUAAGACCUAUGUAGCCAAUAGGGUCUCACUGAUUCGGGACAAUACAGACCUGUCCCAAUGAGGAUACGUAAGCAGCAAGGACAAUCCUGCUGAUGAUUCAUCCAGAGGAUUGAAUGCAGGAAGAUUCAUGGAGCAAAGGAGAUGGAUACAUGCCCCUGAAUUCUUAUGGAACACAAAGGAAAGUUGGCCAGUGGAGGAAGUAUUGGACUCUGUGUCACAGGACGAUCCAGAGGUCAGGAAAAGUGCUACUGUAUUGGAAGCAGUAGUGAACCCUGCGACACCCACAGACCAGCUUAUUUCGUUCUUUUCUGACUGGAGGAGACUACUCAAAGCAGUGGCAUGGUAUCUCAGACUGAAAAAGAUGUUGAUGAUGAUUGUGAAAAGAGGAAAGGAGCAGCCCUCGUCUCAAGUCAGCACCCGCUCAAGCAGGAAAAAGGUGAGGAUACAAAUUGAAGAUUUCAGGACCUACCUUGGUGGGCAGCUCCUCACUGUUGAAGAUCUUGCAGAGGCAGAAAGGUCAGUCGUCACAUACACCCAAGGACAAGCCUUCGGUGCUGAAAUUGCAACACUGGAGAUGAUCCCACCUAGAGUGCACAAGGGCAGUAAGAUCUGCAGGCUUGAUCCUGUCCUAGACGAGGGCAUUCUGAGUAGGUGGCCGACUGCACAAAUCUGCAAUGCCUGAGGAAACCAAACACCCCUGCAUCUUGCCCAAAGACUCGCACAUCUCAAUACUGCUCUUAAGACACAUCCAUGAACGCUGUGGCCACAAUGGCAGAAACCACAUGCUAUCGGAGCUCCGGAAAAAGUACUGGAUUUUAAAAGGCAACUCAGUUGCCAGGAAGGUGCUCUCAAAAUGUGUCAUGUGUCGACGUUCGAGGGGCAAGGCAAGUGAACAGAAGAUGGCGGAUUUGCCAUUAGAAAGAAUCCUACCUGACCUCCCUCCAUAUACCAAUGUCGGGUUGGACUACUUUGGCCCGUUUGAAGUGAAACGAGGGAGAACUGCCAUCAAAAGAUUUGUCUGCAGGAGGGGCCAGGUGAAGCACAUCAGGUCUGAUAAUGGAACAAACCUGGUGGGUGCACACGGAGAGCUCAAGAAGGCCCUGAAGUCACUGAACGAGAGGAAAAUCCAAGAUGCUAUGCUUCCAGAUGGAAUCGAAUGGAGUUUCAAUCCACCAUCAGCAUCACACCAUGGCGGAGCCUGGGAAAGGCUCAUAAGAUCUGUCCGCCAGGUGCUGAACUCUACUCUCCAUCAACAGUCCAUCGAUGAUGAAGGCCUCCAAACGCUGUUUUGCGAGGUGGAGGCAAUCCUGAACAAUCGUCCUCUCUGCACAGUGUCCUCAGACCCACAUGACUUAGAGCCACUGACCCCAAAUCACAUCCUGCUAUUGAAAGCCAACCCAAUCCUACCCCCUGGAACCUUCUUGAAGUCCGACAUCUAUGCCAGACGUCGCUGGAAACAGGUCCAGUACAUGGCCGAUCUUUUCUGGCAAAGGUGGACCAAAGAAUAUCUUCUGCUGCUGCAGGAGAGGCAGAAAUGGACUUCACUAAAGAAGUGUCGGAGACAUUGUCCUGGUCGUUGACCCCACUGCUCCUCGAGGGUCCUGGCCAUUAGGAAGAGUGCUGGAGACGAAACCUGAUGCAAGGGGUCUAGUGCGGUCAGUGAAGCUCAAGACAAAGACUUCAGUCCUUGAGAGGCCCAUAACCAAGCUGUGCCAAAUCCUUGAGUCUGAAGAGUGACCAGGGUUCCUGAUCACAUUAGAAAGGAAUGUAAUGUAUACAUGAUUUCAUACCUUCUCUAAACCAUUAUGCAUUGCAUACUUCUGAAAGCAUUAAGUGCUUAUUUAAUUUAUUGAUAAAUUGACCCCUCUUUUGGCUCCUUUCAUGUUAAUUUAAGUAAUUGAUUCUAUAGAGAACAAUUAGGGGCCGGUGUGUAGGAGCCGCAUUUAAGUUUUUGUAUUUGGAAUGAUUUAUUGAUUUUUUCCCUUUUUGUGGAAUUGUGAGUGUGCGCCCUCUAUAGGUGGUGACAGUGCCACCCUUGAAAUGGCUGCCAGACACGCAUGACGGGGAGAAGGCGGGCGCAAUUACCGUCAUUGACCUCAGUGCUGAGGCCGUGAACCACGCUGUCUCCGUUUGGGCCUGUUCAGCUUGUUGCAGCGUUUAGUUAUUCGGACUUUAAAACUGCAAUUGCAUCCUUACUUUUUGUGACAAUUUUUAUACAAUAAAACCGGCAACAUUGGAUGGUCAAACUCCCUUUGCAUUGGAUUAUUGGACAGAACUGCUAAUCUUGACAUUGCUUCUCCUGCUUUCUCCAUGGUGGUAAAAUCAACUAGGAUAUAGGAAUAGGAUCUAGGGGUUUAAAGGAAAAAACUCGAAACUGUUUUUGCCACUACACAAUGAAUAUAAAAAAGUAAAGUGGAAAGUAGAGUGCAAGAUGCAAAACAGG